AUGUCCACUGCCGCCGCCCCCCGCAAAUUCGAGUUUCUCGUCAUCGUCCCUGACAAGCCGGGCACACAGCAGAAGCGUCUCGAAGUUCGCGCCGCGCAUUUAGCCGAGGUUAAGCCCCGGUUCGAGAAUGGCACCUAUAAGAUGGGGGGUGAGUCUUUGCAGAUUACCAUUGUUGUUCCCCGUAACGAGUCUGCUACUAAUCGAGGUUGCAAAAAAUCAGGUGCUGUGCUAAAUAGCGUCCCCAACGGAACUGACCCGUCUACCUUUGACUUUCACGGCAGCUCCUUUGUGGCCGAGGCCGAGUCCAAGGAGGCGGUGCUGGAGCAGCUCAAGGACGACGUCUACGUGACCAGCGGCGUCUGGGACCUGGAAAAGGCCCAAGUAUUUCCCUUUAUCUGCGCCUUCCGGUCAGCCAAGGACUAG